CCUCCCCUUCAACUGUGUCCAAAAGGCAGCAGACACAUCUCUUGAGACCCUCAUGUCCUCCCCUUCAACUCUGUCCAAAAGGCAGCAGACGCAUCUCUUGAGACCCUCAUGUCCUCCCCUUCAGCUGUGUCCAAAAGCUCUGUCCAAAAGGCAGCAGACGCAUCUCUUGAGACCCCAUCUAUGUCAGCUCCAUUUUCAUCUAUGGCUCAGGGUAUAAAAGAUCACCCCCUCAGACAGGCACUGGUGUGUUUGUCUACCAGAUCAACCAUGAAGUUCUCUUGUGCUCUCCUGUUGCUUAGUGCCUGCCUGCCAGUCUUGCUGGCUGGUGUCCCCAGGUCCAAGCGUUCCCUGUGGGAUCUGAGGGAGUUGAUCGCGUGUGCUCUGCCCUCCAGUUGGCCUGUCUGGGACUUUACUGACUACGGCUGCUACUGCGGCAAGGGAGGAUCCGGCACCGCCGUCGACCAGCUGGACAGGUGCUGUGAGACUCAUGAUCAUUGCUACAGUGCCGCUAUGGCCCUGCCUGCCUGCAGUUCUGCAUUGGACUUGGACAACCCCUACACCCACGGAUACUACUACCAGUGUGAUGAGGCCACCAAGACCAUCAGCUGCCUGGCUAAGAAUGACGCAUGCCAGAUGUUCAUCUGUGAGUGUGAUAAGCACCUGGCUGAGUGCAUGAGCACUGCUCCUUACGUAAAGGCUCACGACCACUACGACCAGGCCCUGUGCCACCAGCACAGCUAAACGCCACACCUGCCAUGGCCUCAGGGUGUGUGUGUGUGUGUGUGUGUGUGUGUGUGUGUGUGUGUGCCACCAGCACAGCAGAGCACCAAGACACGCCCACCUCCAGAGCAAGACCACGCCCCUGGAUAAGCCACGCCCACAGGGUCAUGACUCAAAAAUAAUAAAGUCAAACGUCCAUUUCACAGCAUGUCUCAGAUGCC